GUCCCACGAUGAAACAAACUCCAGAGGUCCACUGCAGAGUGGGUUUGGUUGGAGGCUAACUCCAAAAUCCCAACACUCCAUGUCAGCCAGUGGACAUUGGUUGUUUGCUCCCAAAUUUCCUCUUUUCCUUUUAAUUGUGGUGGAAACAACAGCACACUCAAGCUUAACUUCACUCUAAAGCUCUCUCUCUCUCUCUCUCUCUCUCUCUCUCUCUCUCUCUCUCUCUCUCUCUCUGUGACAAUGGAAACUGGACUUCCCAUGUUUAAUUGUCUCUUGCAGCACACGCUGAGGAACCUCUGUUCUUGUUCAGAUUCUUCUUCCAAUCCUUCCAAAUGGGUUUAUGCUGUCUUCUGGAGAAUCUUGCCUCGGAACUAUCCUCCCCCAAAGUGGGAUUAUGGAGGGAGUGCUCUUAAUCGAUCCAAAGGAAACAAACGGAACUGGAUUCUUGUUUGGGAAGAUGGGUUCUGUGAUUUCUAUGAAUGUGAGCAAGCAGGAAGUGGGUACAUCAAGGGGAGGUUUGGAGCUGAUGUCUUCUUCAAAAUGUCACAUGAAGUCUAUAAUUUUGGAGAAGGAUUAGUGGGGAAAGUAGCAGCAGAAAAUAGCCACAAAUGGGUGUUCAGAGAUGCACCAAAUGAAGGUGAUCCUACCUUCAUUUCCUCUUGGAAUGCAUCCACUGAACCUCAACCAAGGGCGUGGGAAUUUCAAUUCCAAUCAGGCAUACAGACUAUUGCAAUCAUUUCUGUUAGAGAAGGCAUAAUUCAACUUGGCUCCUUCGACAAGAUAUUGGAAGAUCUUAAUCUUGUGAUCAGCAUACAGAGGAAACUCAGCUACCUCCAGAGCAUACCAGGAGUUUUUGCCAUGCAAAGACCUUACCUACCAAUCCAACAUCCCUACAUCCUCAAACCAAAUCCUCAGAUGAUUGCAAACCAUGAUCAAACAGCUUUAUCAGUCUACGAAAAGCGCCAACUGACCGGCGUGAAAAGAUUGUUCAACGAAGUCCCUGAUCAUUCCCAAACCAAGUCCAUAAACUUGGGCUGGAACACCCCACAAAAUGGACUUCCAGGAUCACCACCUUGGCCAAUUCUUCCUCUUCUGCCCUCCAUUUCUUGCAGCCUUGGAGCUCUACUGUCGAAGCUACCUUCGGUUAAUAUCCCAUCCUAUAAUUCUGGUGAAGCUCCUGACAGAGACAUGCUUAUGAACACCAUGAGCAACAGUGGCAACAAUUGUGCAGACCAGAUGCUGAAGAUUAGUGGUGGCAUUACGAAAAUAGAGUCAUCCUGUCACUCGUAUGCAGCUAAUGAAGAAAAGCACAGUUCCAUGAACCCUAAUUUGGGUUUAGAAAAUGAGGGUUAGACUUAAAUUGCUCUCGCUGAAUCUUAAUUAAUUACAAAGUUGCAGCCCAGUUUUCUUCCAAACGCAGAUGCAAGCAGGCAAUACAUUGCUUUGGCCAACUGGUUUAUCCCACAUCUACAACUCAAUCUUUUUAAUUAUGCUCGCUUGGGCUUUUGUCAUAUAGCAAUAUAUAUGUAAUUAUUCUUUCAUGCAAUAAUGACGUCUCCAUGGUCCCCAAAACUCAACUGAAGAUGAAAACUGACCAGAGAUUGUCGUAGGGUUGGAUCAAAGAUGUUGCAUGAGACAUAUGGUAUCCUCCUCCCGACAAAAUGAUGGUCUACAAUCCCCAAUCAUUCAAUUUUUCUUCAUCUUA